AUGGCCAGUAAAGCUGCCCAGAAACGCCUCACGAAGGAAUAUCUCGCAAUGCAGAAAGAGUCGCCACCAUUCGUUUGGGCUGUGCCAGACGAGAAGAACAUCUUGACUUGGAACUUCAUUAUCCGCGGUCCACCCGAUUCACCAUUCACCGGCGGCGAAUACCACGGCGUGCUCCUAUUUCCCUCCGAAUACCCAUUCAAACCUCCUGGAAUCAAGAUGUUUACACCCUCCGGACGCUUUCAGCCAGACAAAAAGAUCUGUUUCUCUAUGUCGGAUUUCCAUCCUGGCACUUGGAAUCCAGCGUGGAGCGUGGCGACCAUCUUGACCGGACUACUCUCCUUCAUGUUAUCCGAUGAAAUGACUACAGGUUCUGUCACUUCUACAGAUGGUCAUAAACGCACAUUCGCUCAGCGGAGUCAUGCAUGGAAUGUAAGCCAGCAACGAUUCAAAGAUGCCUUUCCGGAAUACUGCGGUCCUGAAAUGCGCGACCUGCCUAACAUGGGCGAGAAAGAGCGGGGAAAGCCUGUCGCUUCGCCAGUUUUGACAUUCACUUCCUCGACCCCAAUCAUGCCUUCAACAUCCAGUGCUAUGAUUGGCCAUAAUACCCUACUGAAGCUCAACCCCCCGACGAACAUCAAUAACCCAUUUGCACCUCCGAAUCCAUCAAACCCCAACAGAGCUGAUCUCAACCCCCGAAUUCCAGGCCUUAACACCAACAGCAUCGGCAAAUCCGGAUUAGACAAAUCUGACGAUAGUAACCAUGCAAGCUGGGCGGCUACUUGGGGUCGAGUAUUCUGGGAGAAGUGGCGGUGGGGCGCUGUGAUCGUUCUUGCAGUGGUCCUUUCUCGCUUCUCUUCCUCUACCUAA